AUUGUGGUGAUUUUUCUCUGAAUACAUCACAUUACGAAAUCGUCGUUGAACACUUCACAAUGGCCGCCUGUGUUCUGUGUCCUCCAGUCAACUCGAAAAACAACCUUUACUCUGACGUACCGUUCCUCAGUAACGCCAUUGAAGAAUUCGACGAGAAGAAAGUCAUCGAUGUUUUGGGAAAAUUUGGAAAUGUGUUUGUGAAGUACAACAUGUUUUCUGAUUUUGCACUUUGUCUUGUGCACAAGCACUUUUCAAUGUCGAAGCAUGAGAUUUUGGUUGACGUCGAAAGUGAAGAUUCUUCCAUAACAGUUGCUGUGCCUUGGAAUUUGGCAGAGGAUGGCAAGUCUGCAACACCAAGCAGCAGUGAAAAAGAUUUGUGGGAAGAGUAUAAACUUUCAACGAGCACUUUUAUUGUUCCCCGAACAUGGGCAAUGACUGCGGAAGGUGAGCUUUGUCCAUUUGAGUACGGAAUGUCACAACAAAACCGUACUCGAGCACCGGAAAGUGCUUUUUGUAUUGAGUUUAUUGAGCUUCUGAAGCAGUUAGGUCUCGAAAGGAUUAUUGGAAUCAGAAGCAUUGAUCCGUACAGUGACCAUAUUUCAUCAUAUGAAACAACGCCUCUUGGUAAACGAGGUAAUGUCACUGUUCAUGGUACUACUCCCGAUGAAAGCUUUUUGAACACUCUGGUUCGAGUAAGUUGGAAAUUCAACUCGAAAGGGGAACUUCGAAGAGAUAACACUGAGUUUUGCAUUGUUCAUACCGGUACAUGUCAUCAUUGUGGUAAUUGUCAUCAUUGUAAUUCCCAUAGAUGAUUACAGCGAGAAUACCAAAGACCAGUUAAUUAUAACUUGCCCUGAGUUAUUCGUCAUUGAAUAUUUUCAUAUAUUAUAUAUUGACAUAUCCCUCAGGGCAAUUUUUUUGAAAUGGCACACUAGAUUGACUUUGUUUAUGGCAUGUUCUUUUGUAGCAUUUUCGUGCAUGGUAUUUUUUCAAUGCAAAAUAAAGAUAUUUUAAACAUUAAAAA